AUAUAUCUAUAGAAGAGAAAAUCUAAGACCAUAACAUUUUGUAACAUUUUGUACCAUAACUUUGUCACAACUCUGAUGUAGCAUGCAUAAACAUUUUAAACUACUAGUAUAUUUUACAAGCCUUUCCUUUGUCAUAUAUGUGUCGAAAUCUACCCAGCUGGCUCUACUAGUGGUGGGAAGAAGGCAUUUAGAGGGAUGUGAAAGUGUUUGAUUGUUAUAGAGAAGGCUGGAGAUAUGGGCUUCGAUUAAAUUUUGUAGGAAUAGUAUAUAAAAGAUUGAGUGAUGAGUCAGAUGAACUCAGAACUCAGUGUUGUGGGUCGAGCUUACCAGACAAGCUCUAGUGGGCUUGCUGUCCAAGCCCAAGAUUUGAAGGCUCCUAUUUAUUUCAACUUGGAAAUAGGAGAACGUGACUUAUUGCUUCUCUAGAGUCUGUGUGCCGAGGAGUCAGAGAAGUAAUUAAAAAGGUUUUUGUGUUUCAAAUACUACUCAAUCGAAUCGAAGAUGGAGGAGAGGUCGAAGUGGAGGUGGAGCCUGAGGUCGAGCAGGUUCACUUUUAGGUAUAAAUACGUCCUGCAAUCCUAUCCUGAUGAUGAUGAUGGUUCUGUUUCCGAAGGAGGAGUACGCAUUGUGGACUUCCGUGAGGAGAACAUGGCUGGCUUGACCACACAUGAAGUAAUCACCAACAUGUUUGCUUGCGCUUGCAUCAACGGUUGCGACUGCGGGUUGUAUGGUUUUGUCUUAUGGAAUCCGGCGACUAGAGAAGAAUACAUCGAGAUAUGGGAGAUGCGUGAAUAUGAGAUUGGGGAUUCUUGGACCAAACAACUUGUUGUGAAUACCCAAUUACCAAUUGGAUGGCCACUACGAUUUCUUGUGAAUGGAGAGUACCUUAUGAUUGAUAAAAAUGAGGCAUUGGUCUUGUAUAACAUUGCUUCUCAAGAAAUUAAGAUUCUUCAACGCACAGGGUAUCCAAACUCAUUCACCCCAGUACAAGCUAUCAUUUACGUGGAGAGUAGUUUCAUUCACGGGUUGAAAUGUGUUUUAGAGUUAUUGUGCCUCAGCUCCUGGUUAUUUGUAUCUUUUUCUCAAAAGUUAUGUGAUUUAGAGAAGAUGAUAUUGCAUCUCAUAUGGAUGUUGUGUUUGUUAAUUUAUGUAGAGUGGGAGCUAGUUAAAGGUUUGACUUUAAGCAGGAUUUUCUGCAAUAACAUCUAAGCUAUUGCUAGGUUUGUUGCCUAUUUGUUCUAGGGAGAUUUACAAAGACUUUGUCACUUGAGGGUCCGUAUCACUGUGUGAUGUGACAAAUUAAAGUUUCAUAUAUUUUGAUGGAAACCACAGUUAUUGGAGGUAGAUAACUCUAUAGCUAGUUUUUGUGAAAUUGUUCAUGUUGUUGAGCUUUUUACUUACAAAUUUAGAUGGAUAGCUUUUCAUGUUAUGUUAUUCAUCAUGAUGUGCUUCUUUCAGCCAAGCCACAGGUUUGUGU